CAAUGAUCCCCCCCGCCGUUCCCCUCAACUGAAGAAGCACCGCCAGCACUUUCUCUCCUGCCCGGCACCUGCUGAACUGUCAGGGUUUCAAAAUCUCAGCGACCAAGAGCCAAAAUCUCACUCUUGCCUUAACGAUGUUCCAGAGACUGAACAGAAUGUUCGUGGGCGACGCGGACGUGUCUUCCGGCCAGGAGCCCGAGUUCCGCGAGCAGGAGGACGAGGAGUGGGUCCUCGUGGAUUUUCUCGACACUUGCCCUGCUUUUUCGGCCGAAGACGACGACGAGGAAGAGGCAGACAUCGGGGCCGAGCCGCCCCCUGACCCCUCGGCCAUGUUCUCCUGCCUGCCCGCCUCCCUGGAGUGCCUGGCCGAGGCCAGCGAGUCCUGCUUCCUGGAGGAGAGCUGGUUCGUCACGCCGCCACCCUGCUUCACGGCCGCGGGGGGCACCGCCCUCAAGGUAGAGACCAGCCCCCUGGAGAACCUCCUCAUCGAGCACCCCAGCAUGUCCGUGUACGCCGUGCACAGCGCCGGCCCCGAGGAGUUCCCGGGCCCCAGGGGCGACGCCGCGAGCGACGUGGGCCAGCACAUCCACUGCUACGUGGCCACCCUGGCCGCGCAGACGGCGUUCUUGGAGCCGCCCAAGGGCCUCCGCCCCGCGCAGUGGGUCCGAGAACACAGCGAGAGACAGUCUCUGAACCGGAACAGCCUCCGCCGCCACAAUCUUACCAGGGAGUGCCACUCCCGGCAUGCCAGGCACAGUGGCUGGGCCGUGCACCAGCCCUGCCCGCGCCAGUUCAAUUACUGAGCGGCCGCCCCCGCUCCGCAUGGCCCUGGGGUCUCCCUGCGGGGCGGGGGUGGGGGAACAGCGGAGACACUGUCCCCCCCCCCCCCCAAGCCACCUGAGGCCCCGCCGGCCGCCACCUGGACUCAGCUGCUGGUGCGACGUCCAGCGCCAGGGCCGCACGCCACCUAAUGCCUUGCCCUUUGACCUCGCCAACUUUUGUAAACUCUUUGUAGACUCUUUUUGGAAGCAUAUCGAUGCAAUGACAGCGUCGGGUGCUCGGUGGUCUCUCGGGCUGUCGGGGGGAACCUGAGUAAGCGUUCUGAAGGCGUUUCUUCCCCGUCCCGGGGGAAGGGAGCAUCUCUCCACUCCAGCCUCUCUGGUGUCACCAAAUCCGUCUCAUGAGGAAGCAGCGGUGUAUUCUCAGGGCCAGCCACACGCUUUCGUGACCAAUACUUGACCGUCUCUCCUGUGUACCGCAGACACACGUUCCACACGAACGCGGGCAUUAGCAGGCCGGCUGGACUUGCUCCUGGAGGGAGACUCGACCUGUUUCUGUGUGUCCGGUGUGGUUUGGUGAGGCCCGCAGUUCACUCUGGAAUUCAGGUACCUUCGGCUGGAGCAGACAGGCUGUGUGAUGGUGACACGUGGGACAGACCUCACAGGCCUGGUGGGAGCGACCACGGCCUCGGCAGCGGGGGCGGGGGUGUGGAAGGGUGAGCCCAGGCCGGGGCGUGCAGGAAAAUGUCUCCCACGCCCAGUAGCACAGCUGGCUGUGCCCUGUGGCCGCCGUCCAUCCACUGUGGAUUUACAGGGACUCACCCGGACCUCAGGGUGACACCUUUCUUGGCUCCAUGCGCCCGAGAGUGGCCAGCCGGGAUCCGUGUGGCCCGCCUCCCCCGGGGCUGGGGGUGAGGCCCCCCUCGUGCCCAUCCCCACAAUACGGCCCUGCAUUGGUGCUCACAAGGCACGGGUGGGAGAUGCCCCGGGCUCUCACCCUGCGUGUGUUUUGUGGGCACCCAAGGGGCCUCCUGAGCCAGCCACACGUGCGCAGCCCUCCUGCCGUGUCCUCUGCCCUUCAGUGAAACGCGCUUCCAACCCAAAGCACACAGUCCCCAGCGGCAGAGCCUCUCCCCCGCUGCAGUGACAGGUGGACACAGAUGGACCUCGGCGGCGUACACAGCUGUGGCCUUCGCUGGGGAGCCGGGGCAGGGCCUGAGGCCCCAGACGGGCUGGGGAGGCCCCGUGUCCCCCUUAUUUAUUUGUGGCGUUUGUGCUGUUUUUCAUUGUUGUUUUCUUGAGUUAGGGGCCAAAUCUAGAAAAAGUGGUGUCAGCCUGAGCUCCACGGAACUUUGUUUUUCUUUGUGUUUACCAGGAGGGGAGAGAAGGGAGCAGUUUUUUUUUUUUAUUUUUAGUGUAACUGUGAGUGAGUGUGUGAGUGUGUGUGUGUGUGUGUGUGUGUGUGUGUGUGUGUUGUGGCAGUUUGGCAACAUAAAAAGAUUGUGUUUGCCUGGUAGAAGCUGCAGGACCCUUGGGGUCUGUCUUCCAGGUGGGUGUGAGUGGCAAGGGGCAGGCGAGGGCUUCUGUGUCCGGGUCCUUCCAGGCUCCUGGGGCCACCGGGCCAGCCCCGGGCCUUGCUUCCUGUGUUUCAUGCCUAGGUGACAACAGGGACCAUGUCCCUCUCUAGGAUCUUGGUUUUUGUUUUCAGGACAGGGAGCUGCCACGCUUUCUGUGGUCUCUCCCCGGGGCCGUGGUCUCAAGCUAAGAUUUCCACCUGGACGUGGCACCCAGAGGGGCUUGACCACGGCCCCCAGGUGUGCUUUACCAGGAGUGUGCUGUCGGUCUUGCUGGUGCAGUGGCGAUGGUUCACGUCGUGGUUGCUCAGAGCACCUUCCUGCCCGAGCCUCACCCCUGGGCGCAGUUUCCCUGUUCCCUGCCCACAGGUGGCCCUGCUGUGAGCCGGCAGUGCCGUGGGCCCUCCCUUCCGAGCUGAACUGGCAGGAAGGUUGGCCCGAGGGCCAGGGAGUGUGUGUGUGGCGGGGGGGCCCUGAAGGGGCUGGUCCCGGCGAGGAGCAGUCUGGCCUUCCCCACGCGUCCUGGCUCUGCAGCCGCGGCUGCCGGCUUUGCAGCCCUUGUUAGCUGACUCUGCAUCUUUGCUGUUUCUCUCUCUCCCCCCCCCCCACAAGGAAAUGCAGCGUUGAGGAGAAAGGGGGGCUAGGGAGCAUCAUCGUCUGCCUCGUUCUCUCUCUCUCUCUCUCUCUCUCUCUCGGAGCGGAAACAAACAGGAGAGCCCCAACUCAAGGAGGUGGCAGUGCCACCCAAGGGUUGGCAGGCGGCGCUUGGGGUUUUGCAGGUGAAUUUUGGUUGUGUUCAUCGACUCCGUUAAGCGGCUGCUCCUUGUCAUGGGAGACCCUGGCCUCCGUGAGUGCCCCCUCCGGUUCCCAUCCCACUGUGUACGGCCCAGACUGUUGACAUUUUUUACGAGGUGGCGCUCGCCACGUGGGCUGUGGUGUCCUUACCGACUUCUUCGAAUGCUUAUGAUUUCAUGUUAAAAAAAAAAACGCUUUAUGUAGAAAUCCUACAAAGGGGGCUGGUGCCAGCCUUGCCCUGUUACACUUUCACUUGAAACUUGGCCCCGUGACAGUGUUUUGGGGCAGGGGAGAGGUGGCUGGCCCCGGCGGCUGGCCCAGAGGAGACGUUAUUGAUUAAUGAGGAGGCAGUUUACUUGAUAAUUUGGAAUGUCCUUGAGAAUUUUCCUUGCAACUUUUUUUUUUCCCCCCCAGUAGUAUGAUUGUUAAAUGCCCAGUUUUGCUGGGGUUUUUCUUGUUUUAUUUUGUUGUAUUGGGUUGUCUGGGUUCCGUUUUCCGUAUGAAGGGUAGGGUCUUGUUUUCCAAAAUGGAAUUGAGGAAAACCAGCUGGGCCCAGAAUUAGACGUGGGUGUGAGUGGGUGUGCUUGUUCUUUGGGUUGUUUUCUCCUCGAGGCUUGUAUCUUGAAUCAACAAUUGUGCAUGUUAUUUAAGAGAAAAAGUGAUUUGUUUGGUUGGUUGUUUGGCCUCAGCAUCGUGGGAGCAUUUGUUUUUCAGAAGAGGUCCUGGGCUGAAAGAACAGCUCGGGUUGUGUACUACGUGCCUUUUGGUAUCCUACACACACACACACACACACACACACACACAGUUUUUCCCCAACAACUUGAAAACUCAAAAGGGACCUUUGGUUUGCGACGGGAGACCGUCUGUCCCUCCGUGGAAACGGCAGCUGCUUCCCUUGGGCCACUGUCUACAUUUGUCCUGGGUGGUUUCGUGUUUUUUUACAUAGAAUUUUUAUACCGAAAGAUUCUCAGAUGGUCAGUUUUAUACACGGACUCAACCGAAGAGCACUUUGCCAAAAAUAAGUGUAGCGUUGCUCCGACGCACCUCGACUCCAGUCCUUUCUCGCGGGGUGUUUGGCGUCCUCGGGUCAUGGUCUUUGUCUGUCGAUGAAUAAAGAUGUCCUUUGACUUCA